AUGGAAGAACAUCAAGAACAGAAACUUGACAUGAACGCUGUAUCCAUACAGUCAAGAUUAUUACCAUUUUGGAGGGAUAUUCCACGGGCUUGGUUCAUCCAAUUUGAAGCCGUCGUAGACCCAUUAAAGACAUCCGAUGACCAAAAAUGGCGCUAUGUACUACAGCAACUUCAAUCUCAAGAUCUGCAACACCUAACAGACAUCCUUUAUCAUCCACCAGAGAAGGACAAGUACGCAGCACUGAAGAACCGGCUACUUGCAGUUUACGACAAAUCUGACGUCAGAAACUUCCAGCAACUUAUCAGUGGGUUAGAACUUGGCGAUCAGAAACCCUCACAACUCCUUAGAAAGAUGAGAGAGCUCGGAACCGGAAUGAUAACCGAAGAAGGUCUCAAGAUUGAAUGGUUAAACCAUCUACCAGCCCAAGUGCGCGUAGUACUAUCUAUCAACACCGAAUCGGCGUUAGACACGCUGUCCGCUAUGGCCGACAAAAUGGUUGAAUACACCGGGUCCACUGCAGUCAACGAAGUCUCCAGAAAUGGACCAUCAGCAACACAACUCGACGUCUUCGCUCUUCAGAUCGAAAAACUUACAUUAGAAGUGGCAGAACUACGCGAACGUUCACGCGACCCAAACGCGAGACGGCAAUACUAUCGCUAUCCCGCUCGCUCGCGCUCCCAGUCUCGACCACGUAGAAGAGAUACGACUCCGAAACCAGGCAGAGAAGACACGUGGGAAUGCAAAUACCACUACAGAUUUGGUGACAAAGCAAAACGAUGUGAAUCACCGUGUUGUAGAAGAAAGAAAACCACCACAUCUUUAAACUAA